AAUGUGCUCAAAAGACCACAGGACCAGCUCUGAGGAACACACGACUUCAUCUACACCACCAAUUCGCAUUCAAUAGAUACGUAGCGACUUAAAAUAUUGGCCUUUUUCUAUCCUUGCUUUCCAGAGAUAUGAAUAGAACACAGCACCUGUUGCUUUGAACUACACCUCCGGACGCUUUAUAUCACAAACUACCACACUGCGGAGCUGAAGUGAUGUCCACGGGUUCAGUAAGUGAUCCCGAAGACCUGCAAUCCAUCUCUCACUGUCUCGACGACUCUGAAGACGACUUUAGUCUGGAUGAUGGUCUGAAGCCAAAGCCAAAGAGUAAAACUCCUCGAGGCGCUGCCAGCAACACCAACAAGCCCCAAAUGAAGCUGGCGAAAGACGGCAGACAGUCUCAGAGGAAUGCAGCUAAUGCCAGAGAAAGAGCGCGUAUGAGGGUCCUGAGCAAAGCCUUCUCGCGGCUGAAGACCAGUCUACCAUGGGUCCCUGCAGACACCAAACUAUCCAAGUUGGACACACUGCGUCUGGCCUCCAGCUACAUCUCACACCUCCGACAACUCCUGCAGGAUGACACGUAUCACAACAACCUCGCACACCCUGCCAACCUGACCUGGCCUUUUGUGGUCUCAGCACGAUCAGAGGACACCAAAGACAUUUCUGCAGCGGUCAGACUUUGUGGAGCUACAGCAUAAACAUCUGGCACCUCUCUGUCUUUUAUCCCUCUCUCUCUCUUUUACUGUCUGUACUCAUGCACUUCCUUUGAACUUACAUCACUGAACAUUAUGCAAUGAAUACAACUGCAUGUGGAACGCAAGCAGUUCAGCAGUCAUUGCAUACAAAUCUGUCUUUAUAGCCAGAUGAUAUUAAAGUAAUUUCUACCUUUUUAUAUUUGUUUUGGCUUAAAAGCAACCUCUAAAAAACAAACUAAACGUCUACGGGAAGCAAAGGAAAUCAGUUUUGUUUCUAAGGCUAUUGUAAGUCUUUGACUGUAGGUUUUUUUUUUUCCUGUUUAUAGUUUAUUUUUUAUUAUUUACAUUAUUACAGAUGGAAAAAGAGAUCACAGAUGAACAUUUUUGUCCAUAUAUUAUUUUUACUCGAAGGUAUGCUUAUUUAUGAUUGUGAUAUUUCUGGUUUGUUGUAUUGUUUGUAUGUUUCACCAAAUUUAUUGUCUACAUCACUUCAACACACUGUAAAAUUUAAUAUGUUGAUUUAUUGUGAACUUCCACGAGAAACUGAACUAAAGUUGUCUUUUUUUCUCUAUGAACUAUGUAUGCGACUAAACGAGAAUUCUGGGAUUGCACAUGAGAAUUGUUGGAUGGAAGUGGUUUGCUAUAGGUUGAUGCCCAUUUAAGUGUUGUCCCACCCUCAAUUCAAUGUUAGCAAAAAUGAGAUGAGAUGUUGUUGCAAGAAUAUGGAAGGCCAUCGGUGCCAAAAGUAUUUCAUGGAAGGCAGUUAUUAUGGAAUGUGAUUAAACACCUCAUGUUUGUAAA